AUGGGGAAGGUAAAACACCUGGACAGCUCCACCUUGGUCCGGGACAGGGGGAAGGUGCAACGCCUGGAUGGCUCCAGCUUGAUCCAGGAGAGCCAGAGGGUGCAACACCUCCACAGAUCCAGCCUGGUCUGGGAUGUGGUGCUGGAACCUGGAUCCUGGAUGGCUCCUGGUCGAUCCAGGACAGCUGCCACGGUGAUCUUGCCAGGUUCUCCAGCCUUUUCUGGGAGACAGAGCUUUUAUUCCCCCCACCAACACCGGGCACGUGCUGGAACACAGGGAAUUUGGGAUCUCCCUCCAGAUGAUCCGGAAUAUCCUGAGCUGGAAGAGACCCACGAAACCCAUGAAAUCCAGCUCCAUGAAUGCCCCCAAGGUGUUUUUACCUCCCGAUGGGGAAACACCAUCACAAACCACAAAGCAUCCUCACCUGAGCACGCCCGGGAAUCCCUGUGUCCCGUGUCCCGGGAAUCCCUCCGGGAAAGGCGCUCCUUGGAAGCUGAGAACAUCCCGGUGGCGAGAGCAUCUCCCCCUGGUCUGGCACGGCCGCUGCCCGGCACCCACGUGGCCCCGCCGGAUUGGUGGCAGGCUCCGUCCUGCCUGGCUCCAUUUGGGGAGGAUGAUGAUGAUGUAACCCAGUGCCACGGUUGCUUCAGAAGGACCGGGACACGGGACAUACCCACCCCUCUCGGCCACACCUGCACGGAGAAACCGGUGCCAAGCAGCCGGUUUGGUGGGACAAGGUCCAGGGCUGAUCCCACUCCUCCCGCGGGAGCGCACCCGGCACGAGCCCGGCAGCCCAGCUCCUCCUCCCCGCCCCAUUCCCGCCUCGGUGGGAUUUCGGGAAGGGGCUGCGUGCGCCUGGAUCAGCCCCCUCGUGUGAUAACAGGCGCCGGGGCGAGGCGACAGGCAGGGAAGGUGGCCGAGGAUGCAGGGAUGGACGAGCCACGCUGGAAUGCUGCACAGCAUCCCCUCUCCAUCUCCCCCUGCCACCCGCUGGGGGAGUUCAUUCAUUCCCCUGGCAGCACGUCCAGCCUUUGCACGAGAUUCGGGAGUAAAGGCUGCCCCGGGAGCUGCAGGAUGCCGAGGAGCGCGAUGCCCAGAACGCUGAGGGAUGUUUUGGCCACCCUCACCUGCCUCCAGCUCCUUCUGCCCCUCGCCGCCGUGGAUUCCCUGCCCCUCACGUGGGACCAGGACAGGCUCCAGCUGGAAGCCGUCAAAAAGGGGAUCCUGGAGCGGCUGGGAAUGCCGGCUCCCCCCGUCAUCCGGCACCAGCCGGACCAGGAGAGCAUCCAGAGAGCGCAGCGGCUCUACCAGCAGAAAGUGGCAGAGCUGGCAGGGAACUGGAGCCGGGAAGAGGAGGAGGAGGAGGAAUCCAUGUCCAGGACCCGGCGUUUGCACCGCCUGACCCCCACCCUGCUGCGCUGGCCGGACAUCCCGCAGGGAAACGGGGACUCCCAGGGACACCAGGACCCCCGCGGUCCCUACCGCUACCACCUCCUGCUCUCCCGCACCGAGGAAUUCCAGCGGCAGCUCCGGGUGGUCCAGGCGGAGCUGAAGCUCUUCAAGCGGUCGCCGGCGCCCCCCGAGAUGUCCCCGCGCGGCGCCUCGGUGCCCCCCCGGGUCACCGUCUACGCCCUGCAGGGGGACGAGGAGACCCCCCAGGUCGUGCAGAGCCAAGAGCUGGACCCCGAUUCCCGGAGCCUGGAUGUGACAGCAGCCAUCCAGCCCUGGGUGGCCGGUCCUGAGGCCACGCUGCGCCUGGAGCUGGACUUCACAGCCAACGUCUCGGCCGCACUGGCCACCUCAGAGGGGGAGACGCUGGUGCUGGAGGUGGAAACCCGGGAGAACACGGCUCGGGGGGCCAGGAGAGCCCGGGGGCUGGAGGAGGAGUGCGGGAAGAGCGAUGGGAAGUGCUGCCUGAAGUCGCUGAAGGUCUCCUUCCAGGACAUCGGCUGGUCGGACUGGGUCAUCGCCCCCCACAGCUACUACAUGAGGUUCUGCGAGGGUUCCUGCCCCCACAACUACAAGCCGGCCAACAUGCACGCCCAGAUCAAAUCCCGGGUGCAUUCCCUGUCCAAGGCCACCCCCCCUCCCUGCUGUGUCCCUGCUGGGUACGACCCCAUGGUGCUGAUGCACUACGACGGCGAGGGCAGGCUGGUCUCCAGUGUCUUCGAGGACAUGCUGGUCACCGGGUGCCACUGUGCCUGAUGGCAUCGCCGGUGCCUCCAACUGGGAUGUGUCACUGCCCAGGUGAGGCCUCCUGGCAGCUCCA